AUGGCGGCAACAAGCGGCAAGAAAUUCGCGACGGAGCUGUCAGACUACUCCUCACGACGUCAGACUACAGGACCGUAUGCUGACAACCUCGAUGUGGAUGUCCUGAUUGUUGGUGGAGGAUUCGGGGGCGUGUUUAUGCUAAAGACCCUCCGUGAGAUGGGUCUUCGGUGUGUAAUCUACGAGGCUGGCACGUCAUUCGGGGGCACUUGGCGCUGGAACCGGUACCCGGGAGCGCGCGUGGAUUCUGAGGUCCCCGAGUACGAAUUCUCUUGGCCCCAAGUCUUUGAGGGUUGGACAUGGUCCACCAACUACCCCAACUUCCAGGAGCUGCGGGCCUAUUUUGACCACGUCAACAAGGUCUUGAACCUCUCAAAAGAUUGUUCCUUUGAGACAGUCGUAGUGGGCGCUCAAUUCCAACUCGCCGAAGGCAAGUGGCACGUGAAGACUGCCGACGGUCGCUUGGCAAAAGCCAAGUACUUUAUUGUUGCAGCUGGCUUUGCAUCCAAGCGAUACAUUCCUAACUGGCCCGGCGUCGAAAAGUUCAAAGGGGUGGUCCACCACUCUUCUUUCUGGCCCGAAGAAGACGUAAACGUCCGCGGCAAGCGAUGUGCUGUCAUUGGUACUGGCGCCUCGGGUGUCCAAAUCUCUCAGGAAUGGGGACAACUCGUCGGAGAAGAUGGAGAAUUGAAAGUCUUCCAACGAACGCCGAAUCUAGCCGUGCCGAUGGGUAAACGCCCCCUUACACCAGCCGAGCAAGACGUCGCAAAGGGGUGGUACCCACGCCUUUUCCAACUCCGCGAGAAAUGCUUCGGUGGAUUCUUCUACGGCAUGCAUGAGCGCAACACCUUUGACGACUCACCCGAGGAGCGAGAGGCCUUUUAUAGGGCUCUUUGGGACCACGGCGGCUUCAGAUACUGGCUGGGUAACUACAAGGAUAUGCUGUUCGAUGCCGAGGCGAACAAGCAGGCGUACAACUUCUGGUCGAAGAAUGUGCGACUCAGGAUUGGCGAUGCCAGGAAGAGGGAUAUCCUGGCUCCCACCGUUGACAAGAUGCCGCACUUCUUUGGUGUGAAGAGGCCCUGCUUGGAGCAGAACUACUACGAGCAGUUCAAUAAGCCAAAUGUAGACGUCGUUGACAUCGGCAAGAACGGCAUUGCGAGUUUUACCGAGACGGGCAUCAAGUUGCAGGAUGGAUCUCACUACGAGUUCGAUGUCGUUGCUAUUGCUACCGGCUUUGAUAUCACCACUGGUGGCAUGACGAACAUGGGUCUCAAGAGCAUCAACAACACAUACCUCCAAGACGAGUGGAAGGCGGCAGCAAACACGUACCUGGGCACCACAGUCAGCGGGUAUCCCAACAUGUUCCACAUGUACGGCCCCCACGGACCGACUCUUCUGAGCAACGGCCCUUCUACGGUCGAGGUCCAAGGACGGUGGAUCGCGCACUGCAUCCGCAAGAUUGAAAGGGAGAACAUCAAGUACAUCAACCCUACUGCCGAAGCGACUAAGACGUGGAAACAAAGGAUCAACGACCUUAGCAAUGCGUCUUUGUUCCCGACGACUAGGUCGACGUACAUGGGUGGGUCGAUGCCCGGCAAAGCGUUUGAGCAGGUCAACUUUGCUGGUGGUAUUCCUCAGUAUGCCAAAGAGAUUCGCGAGGCGCUGGAUGGGUGGGCUGGCUUUGACAUUCCAUAG